AUGGCUAGUCCGCCAGUUCUAGCUUUCGAUGCCGAGGGCCGUCCAGUGAAGUUCGAAACCUGGCUAGAUGACCUGCACCUGUUCCUACAGCUCACUGCCAAGGAAGACAUCUCACUGUACGACCACGCCCUAGGCCAUGCCACUGCCCCUGACUCGUCUGCUGACAGCACUCUGCGUUCUCAGUGGCAGACCCGUGAUGCGCACGCUCGCUUUGCUAUUCGCAACUCCCUGCCACUAGACGAGCGCGAGCACUUCGGCCAGUGCAAGACUGCUAAGGACCUCUACACCGCUGUAGUUGCCCGCUACUCCUCACCCGCUUCUGCCACGCUAGGCCGCCUCACUCUCCCCUACCUGUUCCCUGACCUAGCCUCCUUUCACACUGUCGCAGACCUCAUCACCCACCUUAAGACUAGUGAGGCCCGCUUUCGCGCUGCUAUGCCUGCCGAGUUUCUCACUAGCAACCCCCCCCCGCUCUGGAUCACUCUCUACCACAUCGUCACCCGCCUCCCUGACUCUCUGCGCGCAGUCAGGGACCACUUCCUCUCUCGCUCCCCCACUGAGCUCACUGUUGCCCUCCUCGAGAAGGAACUGCUUGCAGCUGAGGCGAGCAUCGUCGCUGUAGGCACCUCUCGUGGUGACCCCCGCACCCCGUUCUUUGAGGGGUGUUCCCCUUCCCCCCUCCUCCCCUCUGUCGCCUCUGCUGCUGCUGUCGACCUUCUUGGUGCUGAGAAGGUCGGGACCGCGUCUGCUUCGAGUGGGCGCCGCAGGAACAAGGGGGGCAGGGGUGGGGGUGGCGGCGGAGGAGGUGGGGGUGGAGGCGGUGGGAGUGGAGGCGCGGCUGGGGAGACUAGUGGCGGCAGUGGGGGAGGAGACAGCGGCGGUGGGAGUGGUGGUGGAGGCGGCAGCGGAGGCGGAGGUGGUCGUGGCGGCGGCAGGGGUGGAGGUGGCCGGGGCGGCGGCGGUGGGGGUGGUGGUCGUGGAGGCACUGGCGGAGGGCAGAGUCAGCAGCCCGCCCCGACGCUUCAGGCCGCCCGUGAGUGGUAUGCGCAGCGUAGCGUUACCUGCACGUACGUCAUUCGCACAGGUGACCGCAGCGGCCAGCAGUGUGGGAGGCCGCACCCCACGCAGCGCUGCUUCGCGCGCCUUAACGACGCGUGGCGCACUCAGUUUCCUGCUGCCACUGAGCUGCCGCGCUGGGCUGAUCUGGAAAAGAGGGGUGUUGAUAUUUGGGCUUUAGACUUUGAUGCUAUUCUCACUGCCAUGUAUGCAAUGUCUAUUAGUGGAGAGGGUGCUCAGUACUUGCGUGUUCCGCCCGACCCGGGCAUUCAGGCCAGUCCGGCUGCCGCUCUAGGUGCUAGUGCGUCUGCUCCCACAGGUCCUGGUGAGGCUGCAGCCCUAGGUGCUCGUGCGUCCGUGCCCCCUGGUACUGAGUCGACUGCAGCACUGCACACCUUCACACUGGACUCAGGUGCUUCUCGCUCCUUCUUUCGUGACCGCACUGUCCUUGAGCCACUCGCUCGGCCAGUUGCUGUCUCCCUUGCUGACCCCUCUGGGGGUCCGGUCAUUGCGACCUCCUCCACUGUCCUUCCUUGUCCGGCGGUCCCGUCCGGCACGCUGUCAGGUCUCUACCUCCCCUCGUUCUCUACGAACUUGGUGGCAGGUAGUGCGCUCCAGGACGGGGGUGUUCACCAGUUCACCCCUGCCUACGAGCGCGUGACACACUGCACGUGUGCUCGGACGGGUCGCCACCUGGCUACCUUCACUCGGGAGCCGGGGUCGGACCUUUACACACUGACCACUGAGUCCCCUCAGGUAGCUGCGUCCGCGUCUGCGUCAGCGUCAGGUCAGCUGUCCGCCCCCUGCUCGUGUCGCUCUCUGGCGCAUGAGACUGUCCUUUGGCACCACCGCCUUGGCCACCCGUCUGUGCAGCGCCUUCGGGCCAUGCACAAACGGGACCUUGUUGCUGGUCUUCCCAGGGUGCUCCCUCCCCUUCCCGACUCGCCUGCUCCUCCCUGUAUUCCCUGUGUCGAGGGACGGCAGCGCGCCGUUCCUCACUCCUCCUCCUUUCCCCCGACAACUGCUCCCUUGCAGACGCUCCCUUGCGCGCCAAGGGUGACGUCCCUGAUAGGUGGGGAGUUUUCCUCUGGCCUAUUGGAGGCCUUUUGUCAGCAGGAGGGCAUUGAGCAGUCGUACACGCUUCCGGCCUCUCCACAGCAGAAUGGGGUUGCUGAGCACCGCAUUGGUCUGGUCAUGGAGGUCGCUCGUACCUCCUUGAGCCAUGCAGCUGCCCCCCAUUUUCUGUGGCCGUUUGCAGUCCGAUACGCUGCGCAUCAGCUCAACCUCUGGCCCCGUGUCUCCUUGCCCGAGACUUCUCCGACACUGCGUUGGACGGGAGAGGCUGGCGAUGCGUCGCGUUUUUGGGUCUGGGGAUCCCGAGCUUUUGUCCGCGACGCGUCCGCGGACAAGCUCUCCCGUCGCGCUGUCCCCUGCGUCUUCCUUGGCUUUGUCCCGGACGCCCCUGGCUGGCAGUUCUACCACCCCACCUCGCGUCGUGUCCUGGCCUCUCAGGACGUCACUUUUGACGAGUCCGUCCCCUACUACCGCCUCUUCCCCUACCGCACUGCCCCACUCCCCCCCCCGCCUCUCUUCCUCGCUCCAGGUGCAGAGGUACCAGACCCCCUCCCCCCUCAGGGUGCCGCUCCCUCAGGUGUGUCCCAGGUAGACCCGGGUGAGCCUGUCGAGGUAGCUGUUGACUCUCGUCCUGCUAGGGGUGCUGAGCCUGGGGGUGCUGCGUCUGGGGGUGCUGAGCCUGGGGGUGCUGCGUCUGGGGGUGCUGAGCCUGGGAGUGCUGGGUCUGGGGGUGCGGAGCCUGGGGGUGCUGAGCCUGGAGGUGCGGAGCCUGGAGGUGCUGAGUCUGGGGGUGCUGAGUCUGGGGGUGCUGAGCCUGCGCGUACUACACCUGGAGGAGCCCUCUCCUCCCAGCAGCUGCAGGAGAGGUACCUCGAGUACUGCCGCCUCCGGAGAGGUGCUCCUGGAGCUCGUCCCGGUACUUUCCCUCCUACCCAGGAGCUCCCCCCCAUUCAGCAGAUCCGCGAGUGGUACACACGGCGCUGCAGUCUUCGGAGUGGUGCUCCUGGUGCUGCGGACCCUGGGGGUGGCGCUGCUGCUGGUGCUGCGGACCCGCCUGGUGGAGCUGCUGCUGGUGCUGAGGACUCGGACGUUGGAGCUGCUGCUGGAGCUGAGGACCCGGGCGGUGGCGCUGCUGCUGGUGCUGAGGACUCGGACGGUGGAGCUGCUGCUGGUGCUGAGGACCCGAGCGGUGGCGCUGCUGCUGCUGCUGAGGACCCGGGCGUUGGAGCUACUACUGGUGCUGAGGACCCGGCCGGUGGAGCUGCUGCUGGUGCUGUGGACCCGGACGCUGGAGCUCCUACUGGUACUGAGGACCCGGCCGCUGGAGUCUCUUCUGCUUCUGGAGACGCUGCGCGGCCGCGACCGUACUUCGUACCGCUCCUUCAGCAGGUUCUUGGGCAGGCUCCUCCUCCUUGUCCUCCUCCCUCCGUAGAGUGUCCUCCGCCUGUCCAGCCGCAGUCACAGUUACUGCCUACCUCGCCUCUCCCUGCUCCCUCUCCUUACACUAGUCCCACAGGAGGUCUUACAGAGCGUCGUGAGCCUGAGUCUCGUCCUGUGUCGCCUGUUCGUCCUGCUCGCACUGGUAGUCGUGUCCGUCGUGAGCGUCCUCCUCCUGUCCCAGGCACUCACUACAUGACUCUGCGUCCCUCUACUGCUCCUCAGCGUGUCCCUCUACCGUCUCCUCCUGCGUCCUCUUUGCCUGACGUUCCGGACCCUGAGUCUGACCGGUUUCGUGCUGAGCACCCUACUGUCAUGCGUCUCCUUGCUACUGUUGUCACUGACCCUACCUUUGAGUCCUCGGCUGCGUCUGCUCUGGUCGCUGAGUUGGUUGACUUUGCUGCUGCCUGUCGUCUAGACUACGCUGCUAGCCUUGUUGCUGAGUCUGAGUCUGUCUGUCCUCCGUCCGUCGGGGGUGAGUGUGCUCUUGGCACGGACGUCCUUGAGGACAGACAGGAGGAGUUCCAGUGUCUUGCUGCUGCUUUGCCCCGUCUCGUGUCCUUGCUAGUUGCCCCUGAGGGAGACCCGGAUGCACCAGACAUCCCGACCCCGCGCACUUACGCUGAGGCGAUGGCGGGUCCCUACUCCUCUCAGUGGCAGACAGCCAUGGACGCCGAGAUGGCUUCCUGGAAGUCCACACGCACCUACAUCGACGAGGUUCCCCCUCCUGGGGCGAACAUCGUCAGUGGCAUGUGGAUUUUCAGGGUGAAGCGGCCGCCGGGUUCUCCGCCUGUCUUUAAGGCGCGUUACGUGGCUCGAGGCUUCAGUCAGCGAGAGGGAGUUGACUUCUUCCAGACCUUCUCCCCCACCCCGAAGAUGACUACUCUUCGGGUGCUGCUGCACAUAGCCGCUCACCGCGACUACGAGCUUCACUCGCUUGACUUCAGCACUGCUUUCUUGCAGGGCAGCCUGCACGAGGAGAUCUGGCUGCGCCGCCCACCUGGCUUCACUGGGUCGUUUCCUCCUGGUACCCAGUGGAGGCUUCAGCGGCCGGUCUACGGUCUCCGCCAGGCUCCGCGUGAGUGGCACGACACACUGAGGACUACACUUGCGGCUCUUGGGUUCGCGCCUUCUACAGCUGACCCGUCGCUGUUCCUGCGCACCGACACUUCGCUGCCGCCGUUCUACAUCCUCGUGUACGUCGACAACUUGGUCUUUGCCACUGCUGACACUGCAGGACUUGCCUACGUGAAGUCGGAGCUGCAGAAGAGACACACGUGCACAGACCUGGAUGAGCUGACAAGCUAUCUUGGCUUGCGGAUCACCCGGGACAGAGCACGGCGCACCAUCACCCUGACUCAGUCACACAUGGUGCAGCAGGUUCUCCAGCGCUUCUGCUUCAAGUACUCCUCGCCUCAGUCCACUCCUCUGCCUACCGGUCACUCGCUCUCAGCUCUGCCUUCGGAUGAGUCCGUAGAGCCGAGUGGCCCGUAUCCAGAGCUUGUGGGCUGCCUCAUUACGUCGGGCAUGGGGCUUGUGCUUGGAGGGCGAGACCGAGUUGUUCUCACAGGGCACUCAGACGCUUCUUGGGCAGACGACCAGGCCACUCAGCGGUCGUCUCAGGGUUACACCUUCAGCCUUGGCUCUGGCUCAGUUUCUUGGCGCUCUACUCGCUCUUCUUCUGUUCUCGGCUCCAGUUGCGAGGCUGAGAUCUACGCUACAGCCAUGGCUGCCCAGGAGCUACGCUGGCUGACCUACCUGCUGACCGACCUCGGAGAGCGGCCUCGUUCUCCUCCAGUACUGUACGUCGACAACAAGGCUGCCAUUGCCUUGUGUGAGGAGCACAGACUGGAGCACAGAACGAAGCACAUCGCCCUGCGGUACUUCCUUGCUCGUGAGCUGCAGCAGCGCGGUCAGCUUUGUAUUCGCUACGUGGCCACUGAGGCCAACACUGCUGAUGUGUUCACCAAGGCGCUUCAGCCUCGUGACCAUCAGCGCUUCUGCACUCUACUAGGCCUUGUGCCUACUGGACCUCACUUACUUACCUCUUGA